AUGCGAGAUAUAAUCCUUGUGCACUCCGCUGUUCUUCUCGAUCUACUAUACUCCGUGGCUUCGGUCUAUCUCCAGCAUCGUCCAGUGGUGCCAAUGCAGGAUUUUUAUCAUGCACACCGGACGACUUCAGAAAUACCAAGUUCGCAGGGGGCUUACUCUGCACAAAAUGCCAUCGAGUGGCGAGAAAAGUAUUCGGAUAGCAUCGAAAUGUUGGUAGAUCCUGUUACACGCACCGUGCCAGACAACUUUAUGUGGCAAUCAUAUCGAGGAAUGUCAAAGAAAAAGUAUUCACUGAGUCCCCAGUUUAUAGAUUGGCUAAGUUUCUACGACUGGAGUCAGUUCAGCCCGAUAUAUCUAGGGGAUGCUGUUACUAUUCCCGAGUCCGGUAACAAUAAAAAGAACACGGGAAAUAUGUCAUCCACGUUAUCAACUGUUUUAUAUCCCGAACAAAAUAAUCCGCCGAUAGAUGAAGCUGCGACUCCGAAAGAAGGUGUACAGUGCGUUGGUCUGGCUAAUUGUCAGUCACAGAUUUGGAAGAAAAGGGCUACCAGAAAGAGUGUGAUACGGAAGUUCACGAGUCAUCACUUGCUGAAAUGA